ACGCACACAUGCGCAUAUAGGGUGCCACACUGACGCAUCGUUUGUUGUAUAGUCAACUGUUUUUUGCUGGACUGAGGCAUGCCUGUAGCGGAUUAUUGUUUUUACCGCAUUCAACAGUGUUUUCAAAGCAAGUGGCGAAAGUCACGAUUGUAACAGCGGAGGUUCAUGUAUGAAAGGAGAUCAGCAAAAAAUAAUACCGUGUAUUCUUUAAGAAUGGGGGGUUAUUCAAGCAACUGAACUGAGGUAUCACGAUCCUAAUGUGAAAUCUCACCAGUAUUUUCGACGAUGCCGACUUGGACACUUUCACCACGGAGCUGCAAGCUUUAAGAGUAAAAACAUCGAAUCAACCGUAGGAGUCUGGUUUGGUGGCAGAAACCUCUUUGUUUGCGCGUGUGGAGGGAAAUAACAGUCACAUUGAAAGCUUUAAAGUGUGAUUAAAAAAAGAAAACAACAAAAAAUCUCCUUCCCUAUUUGUGGAUUGAUUUUUUUCUGCACUCUCUUCUCAGCAUUCCCUCAGUCAGUCGACGGAUUUUUUUGCCAUUACAGCUCAGUAGAGGGUGUCAGAUUAUUCUUGGAGCACCGCGCUAGGAUGAACACUGUCUGCGCGGUCUUCUUUUUGUGAUCCCCAAAUCGCCACAAAAGGGGAAAACGAGCGAGGCAAGACACCGAAAGAUGUGAGGGGGAUGCGGGUGUUUUGCAGCGGUGGGAUCGCCUCUAAAGCUCCAGCGCAGGGUGUGAAUUCAGCACCAGGGGAGAGGGAAAAGCUCCCCACGCCGCAACACGCAGCACGACUGGGAGAGAAAAAGGCACAGAUUUUUUAUUUUUUCCCCUGCCAAGGUCAGUGUUAAACGAACUGAAUAUAGCCCAAAGAUGUGUUGGACGCCACUGUCGCUCGCCGUUUUUGAUUUUUAUCAUAAACACGCGGAGGCUUGGAGGAUUCAGUCGAUGUGAAAGAGACGUUUAUGUGGUCAUUUUCAAACUGGAAGUCUGGACACAAGUGCAGGUUAGAUGCAGCAUGGAUCUGUUAUAAAAGACUGCCUUAUCUUCUGCCUAAAUGUCUAUAUCUCAUUUUUCUUCUUCGUAUUGAUGUGUACUGAAUUCACAGCUCAUAUGUCUUGAAACCGGGAAUGAAUUGUCCACGUUGAAAAAUGCUGCUUUGGAUUGUUCUGCUGAAUGCGGCUCUUUGUGUUGCGAGUGGAAAUGUUACAAGGGACGUUUGUAAGGAGCAGAUAUGCUCUUGCAACGAAAUAGAGGGAGAUCUGCACAUAGACUGCGAAAAACGGAGCUUCACCACUCUGCAGCAUCUGACUGGCCCGAGUUCUCAGUUUUAUCACUUACUGUUGCACGGGAAUUCUCUAUCCAGGCUAUUUCCCAACGAGUUCGCCAACUUUUACAAUGCUGUGAGCCUGCAUUUGGAAAACAAUGGUUUACACGACAUUGUCCCCGGCGCUUUUCUGGGAUUGCAGCUGGUGAAACGGCUGCACAUCAAUAACAAUAAGAUAAGAUCUUUCAGGAAGAGUACAUUUCUGGGGUUAGACGACUUGGAAUAUCUCCAAGCUGAUUUUAAUCUAUUGAGGGAUAUUGACCCCGCCGUUUUCAGGGACCUAAAUAAACUUGAAGUGUUAAUACUUAACGACAACCUCAUCAGUGCGCUACCUAUGAACGUGUUUCAACAUGUGCCCAUUACGCAUCUCGACCUGCGGGGAAACCGAAUCAAAACGUUGCCUUAUGAGGGGAUCCUUGAACAGAUACCGGGAAUUGCGGAGGUUCUGUUGGAGGACAACCCUUGGGACUGUAACUGCGACCUGGUUUCCCUCAAGGAAUGGCUGGAGAACAUACCGCGUAACGCGCUUAUUGGGAGGAUGAUAUGCGAGGCUCCCACCAGGCUGCAAGGGAGCGACUUAAACGAGACGUCAGAAGCAGAACUGUGCCCUUCACAGAGUGGCAGCGUGGACACCAGCCUGGUCGCCCCUCCCACUCAGGAGGAGACUUCUGAGGCUGCGGCCCAUGGCCCACGUCCCACGCCUUACAAGCCCAACAGAGACACCAGUGGGCCCCCGACGCCCGGCGGCCACGGUCCCAAGAGCCGCUCCAAAUCUCGUGAGAACUGGCAGCUGAAAACUAGGCCCACUCCAGUGUUGACAGGUGUGAACGGGGAUAGAGAACAGCUGCACAACAUGACGUGCCCCCAGCCUUGCAACUGUGAGCUGGUCGGCUCCAGACAAGGGCUGGGAGUCAAAUGCGAAGGCAAAAAGAUCGAGAGCUUAUCCAGCCUCAAACCUAAGCCCUUGGCCGCUCAUGAGCUGAACAUGAGAGAUAACAACAUACACGCAGUGAAAAAGAAUCAGCUGCUUGGCUACUCCAGCCUCAACCUGCUCGAUCUGGGUGGGAACAACAUCAAGGUGAUUGACAACAGCACUUUCCAAAACCAGAGCGAGCUGAGAUGGCUGUAUAUGGAUAAGAACUAUCUGGAUACGCUGAUAGCAGAGAUGUUUGUGGGCCUUGUGAAUCUGGAAUAUCUCAGUUUGGAAUACAACGACAUCCAGCUGAUAGUGGCAGGUGCAUUCAGCCCCAUGCCAAAUCUGAGGGUUCUGUUCCUCAAUAACAACUUGCUGAAAUCUUUACCCGUGGAUGCUUUCCUUGGGAUUUCUUUAUCCAAAAUUAGUCUGCAUAAUAAUUAUUUCCCUUAUCUCCCUGUGGCUGGAGUGUUAGACCAGCUCAAUUCAAUCAUUCAGAUCGAUUUGCACGGGAAUCCGUGGGAUUGCUCGUGCAACAUCGUGCCCUUCAAGCAGUGGACGGAGAAACUCGGGGCAGAUGUGAUAGUGAGUGAUCUCAAAUGUGAGUCCCCUGAAGAGUUUUGGAAACGAGAUUUCCGCUACGUCCGGAAUGACCUCAUGUGCCCCAAACUCUAUGACAAGGUCUCCCCCACACCACUGUCCAAAAACAGCACUUUCACCCUGGACUCGGGGACGCGCUCGAACUCUUAUUUGGAGCCGAAUAGGGUCUCCAUCUCAGUGCUCGUCCCCGGGUUGCUGCUGGUGUUUGUCACGUCCGCGUUCACUGUUGUAGGAAUGCUUGUGUUUAUUUUGCGGAAUCGAAAGCGAUCAAAGCGAAGGGACGGGAACUCGUCCGCCUCGGAGAUCAAUUCCUUGCAGACAGUGUGCGACUCCUCUUAUUGGCACAGCGGCGGGCCUUAUCACGCAGACGGGGGCGCGCACAGGGGCUUCGACUGCAGCACGCACCUCUCCACGACAAAUGAUGCGUGAAGGGACUCUGCUAUAGUACAAUGAGACCACACCAGACUGGAUUACAAACAGUCUGGAGACAGACGGACGCACAUAAAUGACUGAAACGGCAAACAUCAUCCGCUUUUGGUCGUCAGAGGCGAACACAGACUUGUUUAUGUCUUGUUUUCUCCAGUUGAACCAAGUAAGUCAGCCUGCUGCUGCACAGGCCCCACUCUGUAAUAUAUGUAUAUGCCAAGCCUCCUAGCUAAAAACCCCUCCCUCCCUCCUCCUCCCAGUUCUGCUAUUUGCCGCAAUCGGACUACGGAUCUGUAUGAGACAGAAAAGAGGGAGAAAAAGGAGCGAGGGAGCGAGGGAGAGGGCGUGUGUGUGUGAGAGAGAAAGCGCGAGAGAGAGCGAGAGAGAGCCAAGACCGAGGACCCUGGGAAUGGUGCACGAACGCAUGAAUGUAAAUGUAAAUACUCGGACCGAUGUAUCAUAAUCUGCAUGAUGAUAUUUCGCAUGGUUUCAACACACACACGACGGGGAGGAACCAUAACCACCAUAACCAACAAAGAAGCAAACUCGACCCUUUCAUGUUAUAUUAAUAUGACGAAAAUAUAUAGAUAUUAAGAAUUAUAUAUGACUAUUACAAAGUGCCAUUUCUCUAUUUUUUGUGAACCUGCAGUUAGGAUUUGUAUUUGUUGUUUUAACUUGUUUGGAGAAAAGAGAACACAAAAAAAAAAUCAAUGAUGACUAUCGGAAAGGAGUGAUGGAAGUAAAGCUGUCAGUGCAUGUUAUUUUCUGUUUGUUAUCAUUUGGUUGUCGAUAAAUAUUGGGGUUAUUUAUACCGUACUAGAUGGUGCAGAUUAAAUCCAUGUCUGCGCAGUCAUCAUCUCCUUUA